AUGGCCAACCUGGGCACCAAUGUCUCAUUCAUCUUUGGCGGAGUCUGCGUGAUUUGUCUUGUUUCCCUGUGGUUCUUCCGGCCUGAGACGGCCGGCACACCAUACGUUAGGACCGAUGCGGAGGCCAUGGGUAUUGCUGCAAAGGACGGUAACGAUAUGGACGGAUGUUUCCUAGUCCAUUAA